GUCCAUCACAACCAAGAUGGCUGCCUGAGUUGUGACGCGCUGAAGUUCACUUUUUACUCUAAUUCUGAGACUUGACACCCCCCACAUGUCUGGUCGGAUUGCUGCGUAUUGAGCAAAGAUAUCGGGGCUCGGAUGUCUUGACAGAAAGCCCUGAUGUUCCGGCCAACAGCUCCGACAUUCCCACUGCUGAAAGACACCUCAGACAUGGGCAAAUACACGUGUAAUGAGUUCGAGCAUAACGACUUGAAACAGAGAGUUGGCUAAGCAGCAGUUAGCUGUGGUUUUACUUUGGGUCUGAUCCUCUUCUCACAUUAUUUAGUGAUUUGAAUGUGUUUUUUUGCUCUUCAGAGCUAGAAAUAAACUGGUAAUGGAUUUUGUUGGCCAUGGUGACUUAGUGUAAAUGGCUAUUCAUCAGCACAGCUCGGUGACAGCAUAUCCUGCUCAGUCUUCCUCUCUGACUCUCUUCUCCCAUCAUUCCUUCUUUGCAUCUCUGCUCUGCUGCCCUUUUCAUUGCCGCUGCUUGCUAACCUUUCCAGUCCUCCCACUCCAACAUCAUGGUGGGUGCUGGCUUUGGUGUUUGGAAGCUAGUGCGAGGUGUCCGGCAGCCGGAACUCUACCGACUCAUCUUGGCACUUAUAAUCUUCUGCUUGCUGUCUAUGGCCUUUCUAGCUUACUAUGUCUCCAGCAGCCCCAAAAUCAAGGAGCCCCCACCUUUACCCUUCAGUGAUUGUGGUGGAGGUGGGGGGAUGUCAGUUGGAGUGAGUACUGGGGCUGAUGGUGGAGGGGCAGGUGGCCAGAGGGCACCUCUUUUCCUUCCUGUUCGUCAGGGACGACUUCGACAGGUGAAGGCGAUGGACAACUCUAGGACAGAACUGGUGGUUCUGGUGUUUGUAGAGAGUAUCUACUCCCAGCUGGGCCAAGAAAUUACUGCCAUUUUAGAGUCAAGUCGCUUCCAUUACCGCACAGAGAUUGCUCCUGGCAAGGGUGACAUGCCCACUUUGACGGAGCAUAACCGUGGACGUUACUCAUUAAUCAUCUUCGAAAAUGUAUUGAAGUACGUCAACCUGGAUGUGUGGAAUCGGGACUUGGUGGACAAGUACUGUACCGAGUACGGAGUAGGUGUCAUUGGCUUCUUUAAAGCCAAUGAAAACUCUCUUCUUAGUGCACAGCUCAAAGGUUUCCCCCUCUUCCUACACUCACAUCUUGGACUCAGGGACUACCGCAUCAACCCAAGUGCCCCUCUACUUUACAUCACAAAGCCAAACCAGGUAGAACAGGGCCCUUUGCCAGGGGACGAUUGGACAGUUUUCCAUUCUAACCACUCUACGUAUGAACCGGUACUUCUGGCUGCCACCAAGUCUUCGGAGGCUUUGGCACAUUUUGGACCCAGCCCUCUGAAGGCCCUCCACGCCACAGUGAUCCAGGACAUGGGACUCCAUGAUGGCAUUCAAAGAGUUUUGUUUGGAAAUAAUCUCAACUAUUGGCUUCACAAGCUGGUGUUUGUCGAUGCCAUUGCUUACCUGACAGGGAAGAGACUAUGUCUGUCCUUGGACCGUCACAUCCUGGUGGAUGUGGACGAUAUAUUUGUUGGCAAGGAAGGAACUCGUAUGAAGGUGUCUGAUGUUGAGGCAUUGCUCAAUACUCAGAAUAAGUUGAGAGCGCUGGUUCCUAAUUUCACCUUCAACUUGGGAUUCUCUGGAAAGUUUUAUCACACAGGCACUGAUGAGGAGGACCAGGGAGACGACAUGCUGCUGCAGCACAGGAUGGAUUUCUGGUGGUUUCCUCACAUGUGGAGCCACAUGCAGCCUCACCUCUUCCACAACGUCAGCGUCCUGGCCGAGCAGAUGAGGCUGAACAAGAUCUUUGCUCAGGAACAUGGCAUCCCAACAGAUAUGGGUUAUGCAGUGGCUCCACAUCAUUCUGGGGUUUAUCCUGUUCACAGCCAGCUGUAUGAGGCCUGGAAGUCUGUGUGGGGAAUCAAGGUGACCAGCACCGAAGAGUACCCACAUCUGAGGCCGGCUCGGUACCGUCGUGGCUUCAUCCACAAUGGGAUCCAGGUGUUGCCGAGACAGACCUGUGGACUGUUCACUCACACCAUCUUUUACAACGAAUAUCCAGGAGGAUCCAAGGAGCUGGACAAGAGCAUCAGAGGAGGAGAACUCUUCCUCACCGUUCUCCUAAACCCAAUCAGUAUCUUCAUGACUCACCUGUCAAACUACGGCAACGAUCGCCUCGGCUUGUACACCUUUGAGUCUUUGGUGAAGUUUGUCCAGUGCUGGACCAACCUGAAGCUGCAGACGCUGCCUCCUGUUCAGCUGGCUGAGAAAUACUUCCAGAUCUUCCCAGAGGAAAGAAACCCACUUUGGCAGAACCCUUGUCAUGACAAGAGGCACAAAGAUAUCUGGUCUAAAGAAAAGACCUGUGACAGACUUCCCAAGUUCCUCAUUAUCGGACCACAGAAAACAGGUACUACAGCACUUCAUUCAUUCCUGAGCCUCCACCCAGCGGUCACCAGCUCGUUCCCCAGUCCCACAACCUUUGAGGAGAUCCAGUUCUUCAGUGGAGCCUUCUACGAAAAUGGGAUUGACUGGUAUAUGGACUUCUUCCCAUUUCCCUCCAAUGUCAGCACAGACUUCAUGUUUGAGAAAAGUGCCAACUACUUUGACACAGAUAUCGCUUCUAAAAGAGCAGCAGCUCUGUUACCCAGAGCCAAAAUCCUGGCGGUGCUCAUCAACCCAUCCGACCGGGCUUACUCCUGGUACCAGCACCAGAGGGCCCACCAGGACCCCGCAGCCCUCAAUAACACUUUCCAUGCAGUGGUAACAGCAGGACCUUCAGCCCCCAGAGAUGUGCUUGGACUUCAGAGACGCUGCCUUUAUCCCGGGAUCUACGCCACCCACCUGGAGCGCUGGCUGCAGUACUACCAGCCCAGCCAGCUCCACAUAGUGGACGGGGCUCUGCUUCGGUCAAAUCCAGCACAGGUGAUGGAGGGAAUCCAGAGGUUCCUCUGCGUCACUCCCAUCUUCAACUACACUCAGGCUCUAAUGUACGAUGACAGCAAAGGUUUCUGGUGUCAGCGAGUGGAAGGAGGCCGAGCCAAAUGUCUGGGGAAGAGUAAAGGCAGGAAGUACCCAGAAAUGAGCUCUGAGUCGCGUGCCUUUCUUGCAGAGUAUUACCGGGACCACAACAUGGAGCUGCUCCGUUUGUUGAACCGGUUGGGCCAACCACUGCCUUCAUGGCUUCGUCAAGAACUCCAGACAACCAGCUGGAGCUGAGACCAGCAGCCGACCCACAUCUGUGGUCGCACCAACAGUUCAGCUGAGAAUGAGUCUGCACCACCUGAUCUGAAGGCAUCAGUAGAAAUCCUCCUUCUGUGGGCGUAGAGGACUAUACACUCUCUGAAGAGCUGGUUCCUGUUACAUCUACGUGGACUCCAUCUUCCUGAUCUGUUGCCAACCUCCUGCUGGCCGGAGUUCAGGUCUGAGUGCAGGACUUGGCUGACGCUGAACACUUGAGGGUCCAGGGUGAUUAUCAGCUCUUGAGUUACAAGAACAGACAAGUCAGUUCAGACUGAGACGGUGGGGGUGUUGACUGAACACACAACCAACAUGACCAGAGCAACCAGUAGUCUGGUCCACUUUUCUCUCAGAGUCCAACCUUUUCUCUGAUAUCAGAUUGAGGCAGAGCCCACACUACAACUCUUUCCAGUGUUGCAGUUUGGUUGUAGCCUGGUGUGAUUGGUCCACUGGGUUUAAUCAGAGGUCAUUUCCCUGUGAAGUAACAACAUAAACUGGUUUAUCUCAACCCUUAAAGAGGUUCUGGGUUAUACCUGCACACAGUCCUCCAGCUUCAUGAUGUAGGCUCUGCUUUGAUCUAAUGAAGAGCCACUAAGUUUUCAACACAUCUACCUGGUUUAUUUCCUGUAACCGUAGUCACGAACAUGUCCAGCUUCAUUUUAUACACCUGGAUCAGACUCAUGACUGAACACAGGUGUUUCAUGGAGCUUCUUUACAGCAGGUCUUCCUCUGUUUUUGUUUAGAAUCUUUAUAAUGUAGAUUUCUGCCAUCAGUGUCAACACAAAUGCAGCAAUCACAGAAAACACUUUCCCCGGAGGGAUGAGAUUAAAAUGUUCAGCUGUGUGCCUUUUUAGACUGGUUGAACUUUGGCGUGAGCCACGAAUAAAAAGUGAAUGGUCCAAAGUUAGAAACAAACUUGCUGCUUCACUUCUAGGAAGUUGGAGCAACUUCAAGAAACUGAUUUUAGAAAAUGUUAAAAAUGGAGGCAGCAGAUGAAUUUCUGGAAAAAUAACCUUCAUUAAAUCAUCUGUGAGGGAACAUUUGGUUUCAUUUUAGCAGCGCACAGUAUUUAUUUGUUAAUGUUACAGCGUUUUUACUGUUGACAUGAUGGUCAAACAAUCAAAAAUUGACCUAGUAUGUCUCUUUUUUCUUGGCCUUUACAGGAAAUAUGAAGUUCAGCAGUAGUUACCAAAGUUAGUCAUUUAAAAACAUCAAAAGGGGAAACAAAAGCUUAGAAUUAUAACUUGCAUGUGCUCUUUUACAUCCUUUCAUAAAGGAUGUUCAGGUGUCGCUAUAGCUGCAGGUGUGAUUGUAAAGGAACCAUCGAAGCACCUUUCAUUACGAGUUCUGGUCACCUCCACGACCCUCCCGAGGAAAGGCUUUCUUAGAGGAACCCUGCUCUCGUUUGUGUUGGACUGAGAUAAACAUCUCAAUCAAGACUUCUACAGCCUGAAAAAAGGCCGGUUGUCACGUAUAAAACAAUGCCAAUUUCUGGCUCGUCAUUCAUGGAAAAAUCGCCACAAAUGUCAGAGGAGAAAAAUGGACAUGAGAGCCAGUGCAGACGGUCAGAAGCUGCUGACCAUGGCUGGUUUUUGUAUUGAUGUGUAAAAAAGGCUAACACUGUAUUAUCUCUAAUAAAGUUCUAGAGAGGUUGAAACAAC